UGGCCGAUACAAGACAAACGGGGAAGUUAAGCAAAGAGCAAUUCGCGCUAGCUAUGUAUUUCAUUCAGCAGAAGGUCAGUAAAGGCAUUGACCCUCCUCAAGUCCUCUCGCCUGACAUGGUGCCACCCUCGGAGAGAGGCACACCCAUUCCAGACAGUUCAAGUGCUCUCGGGUCAGGGGAGUUCACUGGUGUGAAAGAGCUGGAUGACAUCAGCCAAGAGAUUGCACAGUUGCAGAGAGAGAAGCAUUCACUGGAGCAAGACAUCAGAGACAAAGAGGUGGCAGUCAGACAGAAAGCCAACGAAGUGCAGGAAUUACAAAAUGACCUGGACCGGGAAACCAGUAGUCUGCAGGAGCUUGAGGCUCAGAAACAGGAUGCCCAGGACCGCCUGGAUGAGAUGGACCAGCAGAAGGCCAAGCUGCGGGACAUGCUGAGUGAUGUGAGGCAGAAAUGCCAGGAUGAGACCCAGAUGAUCUCAACAUUGAAAACCCAGAUCCAAUCUCAGGAGUCAGACUUAAAGUCCCAGGAGGAUGACCUGAACCGGGCCAAGUCUGAGCUGAAUCGGCUGCAGCAGGAGGAGACACAGCUGGAGCAGAGCAUCCAGGCUGGACGUGCCCAGUUGGAGACCAUCCUCAAGUCCCUGAAGUCCACACAGGAUGAGAUCAACCAGGCAAGAAGUAAGCUUUCGCAGCUGCAGGAGAGCCACUUAGAAGCUCACCGGAGCCUGGAACAAUAUGACCAGGUGCCUGAUGGAGUCUCCGGCACCAGCCUGCCUGACCUGACCACCCUGAGUGAAGGUGUCUUGCUGGCAGAAAGGGGCGGCUUUGGAGCCAUGGUAAAGGUUGAGUAAGCGUCUCCGGGUCCACGUGGGGUCUGCUGCAGCUGCCAAUCUGUUCAAGGCACUGGCUCCCUCUUGAUUUUGAUGGCAGCCUGCCUGCACCGGGGCUGGUGGCCAAGUUCAUCCAGCCAUCUAGAAGCUGUGAGGCCCAGGUGUUCCAUCUUCUCAGAAGUGUUUCUAUUGGGCCAAUCACCCAAAUGUGGAGGGCAAACCUAACCAGAGCCAAUGUAGUCCCAUGCUGUGGAAGCUCCGUGCGCCACUGAUUGGCAGCCUUGGGUGCAUGUGGACAUGUUCCCAUCAAGUGAUUCUGAAAGAUGAAAAAACAGGCUGGAAGUGCAGCUUGGUAGUAAGCAUUGCAAGCUCCAGUUCCAUGCCUGAAAUACACACACCUGCCUUCCAGGUGCUGUGUGGUAAGCUGCCAGCCAGCCUCUUCUGGAAGAUCUCAGCACUGUGUGGCCCUCACUGCUUGUGAGCCAUUGAUGCUCAGGCGGUGUGACCUUUCUCUCAGGUUGUCAGUUCCCCUUCUGGAGUCGUCAGCCCCAGUUCAGGACUGUCUCUGUGGUUGGGCCUGAAGGUCCUAGUAUCAGGGGUGCUAUGCUAUUCUUAACCACUUGGCUGCCUUAUCUUCCAGGGCUCUGCCUUCCUCCAGCCCUGCUGCUUCUCCCUCUUCAUCCCUUCCCUCAUGUGAUCGCCACUUGCCUUGCACUCUAAACACAGCCACCUCCCUCUCUUCUCUGGGUUUCUUUCCCAUCCAAGAGUUCACAGGGAAACCUGUACUUCCCUUGGACCACUUAAAAGGUGCUGUUUGUAUCUUGUGUGUGCCCACCCAGAGGUCCUCUUCACUCUUAGACUCACAAGCAGGUGGCUUCCUGCCCACCAUGGGUGUCUGUUCCAUGGAAUUCCCAUGGAAUUCCCUGCUUUUUGGCCUGUAGCUGGUGUGUGUUUCCGUCUUGCAACUGCAUUCUUCUGCUCCACCUCAUUAUCAUCCUCCAUGUGGCUGGCUUGUCCUAUGUCCUCCUGGGUCAGGGAGAGGCUCCCUCUAAGCCUCCCCUUGUGGAUUGUUUGGUAUGUUGUUUUCCUUUCUUUUCUUUUUUUUUCCUCUCUCCUUUUUUU